AUGACACAAAGGAGAGAAAACGGGGAAACAAACAACAGGAACAUGUCCGGAAAGCAAAGCGCCUCAAAGGAGAAGCACAGUUGUGAGGAAAUGAGGAAGUUGGCUUGCCUGACUCAGCUGGAAAAGUAUAAUGCGGCAGAUCCUCGACAGGAUCAGAACAUGAAGGUUUGCCUUCCUGGAUACGAGGACCUCCCUUUCUGUGAAGGUGCCAAGAAGUAUCAAGAAGAAUAUUAUCCAGAGGCAGAAAACGGGCUCAUUCAUUUCCUGCUGGGUACGUCCUCCAAGGAGGAAUCGGCACAUACUCCCAGUUUCAUUGCCAACGAUUAUGAUUUCAACACCACGUUCUACAAAGCAAUAGGGAUCGCGGGUAAAUGGACAAAAAAGCAAGAGACAAGCUGGAAACGAAAGGGAUUUACUAUCGUACACGGUGACCAUGAUGCAUGCGGGAUCAUCUUCGAUGGCGAAAGAGUUCUUGUUCUCUUUUUUGAGGUGAAGAGUAGAACGCGAACAAAUGAGGAGAGCUCCCUGCAGGAUCUCCUGGGAAAGGCCGAAUAUCAGCUCCAAAAAAGCAAACAGAUUUUUCAACAAAUCGUAGGAGCAACAGCAUAUGAGCAUACUUAUCUCUGCUGCUUUGUCGCUCUCCCAUACAUGUCUCGGAGGGAAGUAGCUUCUUCCUUGAGGUGUGAUUGCGAUGCGAACAUUCUCACAGCGGACGACCUGGCAUCGCGUCGUGCCAAGGAAUUCCUCGAGGAAAGAGGGAUCAAUCUCACCAGGCGGGAGACAACAGACGAAAAAGCCAAGGAAUGCUAUUUGGAUGUGGUGAGGACGUACGUGGCCGCCUCGGCAUCUGUGGAUGGAAUACCUAGAACGAUGCAAGAUCUCCACGAGAAUAUCGAAGAAAGAAUGAAAAUAGCCUGA